UGCUGAAUUUGAUCCCCCACGGAUUGGCUCAAGGUAACCGUCCCCGUGUGACCAUUACAUCCAACUGGCCUGAAACAUUCUGGGCUGAGACGCUCACUCUCAGAUGUGAGAUUGAGGGAGGUGGAGACUCUGAAUGGACGUUUGGAUGGAGAAGAGACAGAACAUCCAGAACAUCCAAAUAUACAACAGACAAUGAAUACAUUAUUAGCCAAGCCGCUGAUUCUGACAACGGAGACUAUGAGUGCUCAGGCAGAAGGGGAUCCCCUCAUUCUACCUUCACGCCUUGGAGUGAACCCUUCAAAUUGACUGUAACACAAAUAACACCAAAGGCUGAACUGAGAGCUGACAGGACAUCAAUUCCAGCAGGGGGCGCUGUGACCCUGACCUGUGAUGUGAACCCUCCAUCAUCUGGCUGGACGUACAUCUUGUACAGAGGAGAUCACCCGGGCACACAAGAUGAUGGUAAAAACUUUAAUGGACGAAUCAGUGUCUCCAAGGGAGGAGUCUACAGGUGCAGAGGAGUUAGAGGAGAACCAGUUUACUACACAGAGUACAGUGAUUCAGUCACUAUCAACAUCAUUUUAUCAAACAGAGCUGUUGUGACUCUUCAGCCCCAUUGGACUGAGAUACACAGCGGAGAGAAGAUCACUUUGAGAUGUGAAAUCGAGGGUGGAGACGACUCUGAGUGGGAGUAUGAGUGGGAAACAACCAGCUCUGAUAGAACUGUAAGACAAAGUGAAUCCUUUGAAAUCACUGCUACUUCUUACAGUGAAGGAGAAUACAAGUGUAAGGGAAAACACAAAACUGAGCUACUUUCCUCAACACCAUGGAGCACUCCAAUCACAUUGACAGUAUCAGAACAAAAACCAAAGGCUGAGCUGAAGGCUGAUGACACAUAUAUUCCAGUAGGAGGUUAUGUGACCCUGACCUGUGAUGUGAGCUCUUCAUCUGGUUGGCAAUACUACUUUUGGUACAGAGCAGAUAAAUCCUCUAACCCAUCAUCCAUACAUGAAUUCUCCUCGGCUGGACAAAAGCGUGUCUCAAAGGAAGGACUCUACUGGUGUAGAGGAGAGAGAGGAAACCCAGUUUACUACACAGAGGACAGUAAUACAAUUCAGUUAAAAGAAAAUACGGUUGCAAACAAGGCUGUCGUGACUCUGCACCCCAAUUGGUCUGAAAUCUACUCUAAAGAGUCGAUUACUCUAAGAUGUGAGAUAAAGGAUGGAGACGACGCUGAGUGGGAGUACGAGUGGAAAACAAGCAACUCAUUCAAACCUCCAAAGGAAAAGGAAUACAGUAUUGGACCUGCUGAUACAUCACACAGUGGAAACUACAGUUGUAAGGGCAGAAAAAAAAGUGACCAGUCUCCAACAGGUUGGAGCGAUCCCAUCACAUUAACGGUUUUAUCCAGUUCACCCCAGCCUGUCCUCACCGUGUCUCCACUCUGGCUGAGUCCUGGAGACUCUGUGACUCUGAACUGUGAGGUUAAACACCCAUCAGCAGGAUGGAGGUUCUACUGGUAUGAAGCUAUUCCCAACACACACACUGGAACUGAAAAGUAUUCCUUCAUUGUUCAUGGACAGACACACACAGCAGGAUAUGUGUGCAGAGCUGGAAGAGGAGAAAUGAACACUCCUUAUAGUGAACCAAAGUUUGUCUGGUCUGGAGAUUUGCCUUCAUCAGCAUCUCUCACAGUGAGUCCUGAAAGAGUCCAACACUUCACCUCUGAUUCUGUCUCACUGGAGUGUAAGGGGAACUCUACUCAGUGGAGAGUGAAGUUUCAAGAGGACAGCUUCCUGGCAGAUUGCUCCCUGAGGGAUACAAUGACUGGAUCAACAUGCACAAUAGAUCGUCACAUCUCAAGAAAUAAUGUGUACUGGUGUGAGUCUGGAUCAGGGGAGUUCAGCAACGCUGUCAACAUCACUAAACAGAAUUCUGAAAUUAUCCUGGUGAGCCCUGUCCAUCCAGUGACUGAAGGAAGUUCAGUUAGUCUUAGCUGCAGAUUGAGAAGCUCAGAUAUUGUUUCCAAUGUGUUCUUCUAUCAGAAUAACAAACUCAUUCAAAACAAUACCAGAAAGGAGCUUAAUAUCUCUGCUGUGUCAAAGUCUGAUGAGGGCUUCUACAAGUGUCAGACCUCAGGGAGAGAGUCGUCUCAGAGUUGGAUGUCAGUAAAAGUGGUGUCCAGGCUUGGGAACCCUUCAUAUCCUGUAAUUCUCGUGAUUGUCGGGCUGAUUUGUGGAGUAGUACUUAUAAUUCUUCUGCUCCUGUUGUAUCGCUGCAGGCAGUCAAAGGAUUCAUGCCUUAUCAGGUCAAUCCAGUCUGAAAGCACCAACCAGGACUCGGCCACAAAUCCGGCCGCUCAGCAUCAUGAAUACUCACCUCCCCUGCAGGAUGCAAACCAGUCCCAGUCCCAUGAUGUUACAUAUUCUCUGAUCGAGCUCAAAAACAUCGGAAAGAAAGGGAAGAAACCUGAACCAGACAGCACGAUUUAUUCUGAUGUGAGGUUAGAAACAGAAGAUCCAUCUGUCCUUUAUUCUCAAAUCAGCUGCCAUAAUCCAGGUAAAGCCAAGAAAAACAAAGGAAAGCCAACUCCUGCGAUAACUGAAGAAUCGGUUUACUCUGAAGUCAAACGAGAUCAAUAAAGUUCUGUGUCAACA